CCCGCUGUGAUUUGGUGUUAAAAAAAGCAAAAAACCAAUCUCAGUUUACGAAUUUCAGGCUCCCAUCCUGAAACGAAGGGUAAGACUAAUUUUUCUUCGAGAGAGAAAAUCAGAGGAGAUCUCUGCGAAGUUUCACUUUAUAAAGGGAAGCUUGUUUGAAAUUGAACUGAUUCUUUGACGAAGGACUAAGGAUAAAUUCGCAAGCUGAUUUUAUAUUUGAAGCUCGACAAUGGAAAGAGUUAGAUUUCGUGGUCAGCACUUUGGGAUAUUUGAGAAAAGCUUGCGAAGUGAGGAUUCUGCGAAAAACCCUGCAACAGAACAGAGAACACCUCACAUAGACGAGACAGGAGAUUUAGAGGAACACCUUGGAAAGAAAACACAACAGCACGAUUCGACGAAUAAAGUCGAAGGACGACGGAGACAAAGCGUGUUUUACGCACACGAAAUCAAGAAAAUAAUGGACGAAAUUUUGGAAGAGAAACUAUCCACUCAAUCAUAUGACGCCAAUAUUUGUAGGGUGCUUUGUGUUAGUUUGUCAGAGGAUAUCAAAAGCCGAGUAAAGAAUCUAGGAAUGGAGAGAUUCCGUUUGAUAUGUAGUGUUAGUAUAGGAUCUAACUGUGGCCAAGGUAUUUUGAUGGCUAGUCGGUUCCUUUGGAAUGAUUGCAGAGAUAAUUUUUCGACUUCAUCUUUUCAAAAUGCGUCUUUAUUCGCUGUAGCAAUCGUUUUCGGAGUUUUAAAAGAGUGAAGAGACAUUUGGAAGGUGGAGGAACACUCUUUUAGUAGCCAGGCUGAAUGAAUGAAUGCUUUAGACAGCAUGUGAUCAGGAUCCUGAUGACUCUAUAUCUAAACGUGCCGAGGUCUCAAGCCAAAGGAAAUAAAGAGGUAGUAAGUGUUCUUCUCAGAUAUUACCCUUUUAAAAAAUUAUCUUCAUGCUGGUCUUAAAAAAAAAUUAGAAUUAUCAUAUGGAAAUUAGGCCCUUGCUUUCAAGUUUCGGUGAACGAAGGUACAAUUUAAAUAACAAAGAUGGUUUUGAUUUCAUUACUGAAUUGUUCUUUUUACUGAAUCAAGACAAAUUUUGUUUCUCCGAACG